AAACAGCCAGUUUGAUCUCGCUAUGGCGUAUGUUCGCAUGUCUUUAUGCGUUUAUAUAGUCACAAAUUAAAAUGUAAACAAAUAAUAAUAGUUUAUAAGUGAAAUAUCUCUUGUCAAAGACAAAAUGUCGUAUACCAGUGCUAGUUGUUUGUGGGUGUUUUUAUUUGUUGUGUUGUUUAUAAAGGAAAUUAAAUGCAAUGCAUUUGUGAAUGAGUUAUUAUUAAGUGAACAUCAUCAUGUACAUUGUUCACACGAACAUCCUAAAGAGGAUCAAGUGGUCCGCGGGGUACAUAUAGAGCCAGCACACCUAGUUAAAAGAAGAAGUAUAGACCAGCCACUUAGGAUUAGUAUAUUUUAUGACCACUCUGUAUAUAGAUUAGAACCUGAGAAAUUUGACAUGAUUAAUAAUACAAUAUUACCUGAGGCGGUAAAGUUUUGGGAGCAAGCGUUGAAAGUACGAAAGACUGGUGGGCCGAUAAAACUUAACAGAAAAUGUCCUACCCGUCAAGUAUUCAUACGAGGUGGCAGAUCACAUUGUAUAGACGCAUGUAACGCUGAGACAAUGUGCGGAGAGGUCAGGGUCCCGGAGUAUCAUCUGAAUCCAUGCUACGUCUGCAAUAGUACUGGACAUAACUGCAGAGCGUUGCCCACAAAAUUAGAAGAGGAUCUAGAACUGACUACAGAAACUAAUAACAACGAUACCACGGAAUCAACAGUGCUGGAAGAUGAAAUAGAAGCGACUGGAGUAGAAGAUACAGAUUUCGUGCUAUACGUAAGUGCUGUAGAGACGGAGAGAUGUAGACGUGGCUUGACUGUUGCGUACGCUUCUCAUUGUCAACAGGAAUCUGCGUUGGACAGGCCGGUAGCGGGUCAUGCUAAUUUUUGUCCAGGAGAAUUGUCAACGAAUUAUCGAGAUCUUCCAUCUGUUCUGUCAACAGUGAAACACGAAAUGUUGCACGCUUUAGGUUUUAGUGUGUCUUUAUUUGGAUUUUAUAGAGAUGACAAUGGAGAACCGUUGACAGAAAGAAGACCAGACACUGGAGAUCCACCUCUGGAUGAAGAAUUACAGAUUCACAAAUGGUCAUCCCGUGUAGUUAAAAACGUAACUCGUAGAAACUGGAUGAUAAGAGGUGGUUAUAUGUCGCGAACUUUUCACAUGAUUGUCACACCCAGAGUUGUUAAAGAGGUCCGUGAACACUUUAACUGUUCAGAUCUGGAAGGUGCAGAAUUAGAAGAUCAAGGUGGAGAUGGUACGGCUCUCACACAUUGGGAGAAAAGAGUCUUUGAAAACGAAGCAAUGACUGGAACACAUACACAGAAUUCAGUAUUCAGUCGUAUCACAUUAGCAUUGAUGGAGGAUACUGGAUGGUAUCGCGCUGACUAUACACACGCGAGCCCCCUACAUUGGGGUAGGGGGUUGGGUUGCAGAUUUGCGAUGGCCUCCUGCAAACAAUGGCUGAAUACACAAAGGUUGAGACGUAAGAAUCCAGCGCCGUUCUGCGAGAGAGUGAAAGGCGAUCCAUUAAGAACGGAAUGUUCCCCAAAGAGAACUGCUGUGGUUCUCUGCAAUUUGGUGCGACACGAGAAUAUAUUGCCCAGAGCUUAUCAGCACUUCGACCUCCUACCAAACGUGCCCCCAGGGGACGAAGCACACUACGGUGGGUCAGUGUCUCUGGCGGACUACUGCCCCUACCUGCAGGAGUUCACUUGGAGACACAAGAGUGUCCUCAUACGAGGCAGCCGGUGUUCAUACGAAGAGAAUACACCAAAGACUGAUGUUAAUUUCGCAUUAGAAAAUUACGGACCGCAUUCAAAAUGCUUCGACCAUAGCGACAGAGUGUGGGAACAGAAAUCAUGUAGACAGAUAAGAGAAUGGCAACACUGGGGCUCUGGUUGCUACAAAUAUAAAUGUCAAAGUGGAAGAUUACAUAUUGUGGUGGGCAACUACUCGUAUACAUGCUACCACGCGGGGCAAGUGCUGCAAGUGAGGAUCAUGCAGCGCGGCUGGCUGCACCGUGGAGGUGUCGUCUGUCCACCAUGCAGAGAGCUCUGCGCUGAAGAGUUUCAAUCUCGUGGUGAAUACUGUAAAGGAGGUGAAGAAGCACCACCACCUAAUUUGUACCCAAAUGAUUUGUUGGUCUGUAAAUCUCCCGCGCUUUUGCCAGCCGCCAUCUUGUUAUUGUCCGCCAUCUUGUGUGUCUACGUUAUUUGAUGUUUAUGUGAUUUAUAAACGUUACCAUUGUGAAAGUUGUUAGGACGAAAUUUAUCUGGCUCUUUAAUAGUUCUGUUGUCACGUUCUGUCAGACGUGACAGUUUGACAAGGAUCUUGUGACAUUGAGUUAUAGUGUCUGUUUAAGAUAGGUUAGUUUGACAAUUCACUAGAUAUGGGUUGAGUAAAAUCUAGAUUUUUAGAGAAUUUCUUAGAUUUUCGAUGUUUUUUUUCGUAGAACUUUUAAUGGAGAAUCGGUGAUUGAUUAAUUAGAUAUUUUAUAUGCGUCAGUUGUCAAACUAAUCUUAAAUAGACGUACUAUAGUGAGGUUAUUUGACAUAUACCCACCGGGUCAAAUAAAUUCGUCGUCCUAUAUUAUAUUCGACUGAAAAUUGUUUAAUUGGAAAUUACGAGAAAAUAACGAUUAACUAUAAAUGUGUUCUCUCUUAAAUUGUGUUAAAAUUGACUUUGACAUGUUUUUAAACAUGUUUUUCGACAGUGAAAACUUAUUUUUUUUGUGAAUUAAGGACUUUGUACGUUUCUAUUCUUGAAUAUAGCACUUAUUACUAAGUGCUUAGAGUACAGUAUUGAAUGACAAUACUAAGAGAGGCACUUUUUGUAUGUAAAUAUCUUAAUAUAAAUACGUCCGUGGAAAUUUCAGCUUUAUUUUAAUGCUAUUUAAGUUUAUUUUUAAAUAUCAUGUACUUAUAUUUUUUAUUGUAUUUUAAGAAGUGUUUUGCUACGGACCAAUGAGGUGAGUCGUGUUCGCAUUGCUGAAACAUUCACAGAAACAUGUUGGAUUUGUCAUGUCUAUUGGAUUAUGUCUUUGGAAUGUAAUAUUUGUUACGAUAUUGCCCUACUAUGAGUCGGGCAGUUUUUUGCCCGACUCAAAUUGCGAGAAAUUUUGCACGAGGAAAUUUUCUGGGACAAAUAAUUGCCCGACCCAAUGUAAAAUUGUUACGAUAACUUUGCCCUACUUUAAGUCGGGCAUUUUUUGCUAGUAAUUUUGCUCGAUGAAAAACUUUACACGUGAAUUCACUGUCGCAAAUAAAAAUUGCCUGACCCAGUAAUAUAAAAUUGUUACGGUAACUUUGCCCUACUUUAAGUCGGGCAUUUUUUGCCCGAUACAAAUUUUGCACGAUUAAAUUAUUUAAAUGAGAAUAUUUUCUGGGACAAAAAAAAAAUUGCCCGACCCAGUAAUGUAAAAUUGUCUCGAUAUUGCCCUACUAUGAGUCGGGUAUUUUUUUGCCCGACUCAAACUUUAAGAAAUUUUGCUCGAUAGAAAAUUUGUCAUAUAAAUAUUUACCGCGACAAAGAAAUUAAAAAAAAAAUGCCCGACUUUGAAAUUUACGUUUUUAGGCGCCAUAAUUAUAAACAAAGUACCAGGAUAUCAUAACAUAUGAAGAACAAAACUAUUCAAAGGCAGAAGAAAAAAAUAUAUCCAUCUCUUUCACACACACGUAAUAUCUAUCUAUCUCUUUUAUACCAAAAGCACGCGUUUGAAAGAAUUGUUUGCGGCAAUGCGAAUUACGAAUAUAGUUAGUUAUUUGAAAUUAAAAAUUAACCUUUUUUACUGAAGUGUUUGAGAACAAAAUCAUAAUUAAAAGUAAGCUUCCAAUUUGAAAAAAAAGAAACUAUUCAUCAAGACGAUUCAAACUGUCUAAACUGGAUGGAUGGAUGGAGGAUGUAGAAGCUGCAUCAUCAGAUCAGCUCCGUGUCAUCAUAAUACUGUAUUGUCACGUGAUUUACACAUUUAUCUAACAUUUUAAGCGUUUCUGACUUAGGGGUUAGUCACUUGACUUGCAAUCUGCAGCUCCCGGGUUCGAAUCCUGUC